UUCUAUUUGUUCGAUUUGAUUUUGUUUCUAAUAUAAAUAUUAAAUAUAUACAUGGAAAAAUCAUAGAUUUCUUUGACUUUUAUAUUUUCAUUUGUGAAAAUUUCAAAUGUUUGUGUGUGUAUGUGUGUGACGAAAAAAAAUAAUGAUGACUACAGCAAUUUCAAGUUCAAUCUAUUCAUUAACCACAUAAUCAUCAUCAUCAUCAUCAUUGAUUUGUAUAGUAGUUGAAUAUAAUAAUGGCCAUAUUUCGUGAUAUUUAUUGAUUUGCCUGAUUUGUUUUGUGUGUGGUCAUGUCUUUGUAUAUAUUAAAUCAACCACAACAUACAUACAUCAAAAUUGAUUACGUUUAAUAGAAGAAAAAACAUUGAAUUUUUUUUCGACUAUCCAUCCUAAUUAAUGGAUACCAGUUAUGAUGUUUCGAUGACAAUUGUUCACGGCAAUAAUGAUCAUAAUAAUGAUGAUGAUGAUGAUGAUGAUGACGAUGUUCAGUGUACCUCUAAUAAAUCCUUCAAUCAAUCAAUUGCUAAUGAACAACAACGACAACGACAAAUCAUGAAUAGUUGGAAAAUUCUUUUCCAUAUUUCAGCACGUAAAAUUCUUAUUGGAAUAUUAAUUUUUUUGGGUAUAUUAAUAUCGCUUUUAUUACUUGGUUUUAUUCUUUAUUAUUCAAUUAUAAAUCGUACCGAAUGGCCUGAUCAAUUACGGCAACCAAAAAUUGGCUAUUAUCAUCAUAAUAAUAAUGAACUUUUAUCAAUUCUUGAUGCUUAUUCCAGAUAUUAUCCACAAUUAACACGUUUAUAUACGAUUGGCUAUUCGAAUCGAAAAAAUCCCAUUAAAGUAUUGGAAAUCAGUGAUCAACCUGGUGUUCAUGAACCAGGUGAAGCUGAAAUCAAACUAAUUGCUAAUAUACAUGGUAAUGAAGUAGUUGGACGUGAAUUAUUGUUACACUUGAUUGAUCAUCUCUUGUCAACAUAUCAUUCAAAUUCAUCGACUAGAUCAUUAGUUGAUAAUUUACGUAUUCAUAUCGUACCGACAAUAAAUCCUGAUGGUUAUGAAGAUGCAAUGGAAGGAGAAUGUAUGGGACUUAUUGGUCGUAGUAAUGCUAACAAAAUAGAUUUAAAUCGCAAUUUUCCCGAUCAAUUUAUUCAUAAUGAUGUGAAUGAAGAACCAGAAAUAGAAACGACAAUUGUUAUGCAGUGGAUAAAACAAUAUCCAUUCGUUUUAUCCGUAUCAUUGCAUGGUGGAGCUUUAGUUGUUAAUUAUCCAUUUGAUAAUAAUAAAGAAAUGACUAAAAAUGAAACAAAAUGUCCUGAUAACGAUGUUUUUCGUCAUUUAUCUUUAAUAUAUUCCAAGAAUCAUCCAUACAUGUAUGCCAAUAAUGGUCGUUGUCUUGAUUCAUGUGAUGGAACAGAUGAUUAUUUUUUACAAGGUAUUACAAACGGUGCAAAAUGGUAUCCAGUUGCUGGUGGAAUGCAAGAUUGGAAUUAUUUAAAUACAAAUUGUUUUGAAUUAACUAUUGAAGUUGGAUGUAAAAAAUAUCCAUUUAGUAAUGAACUAGAAACAUAUUGGCAACAACAUCAGAAUUCAUUACUAAAUCUAAUCAAUUCCACUUAUAACGGUGUACAUGGUUUUGUCCAUGAUAAUCAUGGUAGACCAAUAGAAUUGGCCAUCAUUUCUGUCGAAGGAAUUGAUAAAAAUGUUACCACAUAUAAAACAGGUGAUUAUUGGCGUUUAUUAACACCUGGCCGUCCAUAUAGAAUAACAGCUUCGAAAUAUGGUUACAAUUCACAGACAUUGGUAAUAUUCAUUCAUUAUUCAAAUCAAUUAAAUUUUACAUUGUAUAAAUUAUCUUCAUUUUAAUCUAUUUUUAAAAAAAUUGGAAUAUGUCAAACACAGGUUUUUUAUUCAAUUACUUAAAUAAAAAUACAUAGAUAAAAA